GGAAGAUGAUGUUACACAAAGUAUUAAAUAUGAUAAAUUAAUAAUAACAUUUGCGAACAAAUUAUGUAUCAAGUACAAUCAUCAACACCAACAAGAUAUGAUACGUGCUAAACUUCGAUUAUUAGGAAGGUUUCUUAUCGCAGUGAAAGAAUAUAACUCUAACAUAACAGAGUUUUCUGAUAUAUAUAAUCCUUCCAUAUAUGAUGAUUGUCUGAAAGCAGUAAAUAAAGUAGCUCAUUUUGAUGAUAUUAAUAAAAAAUAUGGUGCACCAUCAGUUGCGUCAAAUAUUGGGACAUAUUUAAAACAAAUUGGUAAUUUGUUAAUAACUGAAUGCAUAAAAGCUAAUGAUAUAGAAAAGCAAAAUGCUACAAAAAACUUUUUAAAAUUAUUACAAGAAGAUUAUGGUAUAUCUAUAAACAAAACAGUAGAAGAAAAUAUGACACAAAAUAAAAGACAGAAAAAAGUUAUGCUUCCAUCUAUGGAAGAUAUAAAAAAAUUACACUCAUAUCUAAAUAACGAAAGAAAAUCAUUGUAUGCAAAACUUCAGAAGAAAUUUAAAUACGAAACAUGGCUAGAACUUGCAAAAGUUACACUUACAUCAAUGCAAGUUUUUAAUAGAAGAAGAGCAGGAGAAAUAGAACGGGUUACUAUUGACGAUUUUAUUACUCGCGAAGGUAUAACGAAAGAAACUCAUUUAGAUUUAUACAAAUCAUUAGGCACAAAAUUACAGCAGGUUGCUGAUAAAUACGUAAGAUUCUUAAUUCGUGGAAAAUUGGGACGUACAGUGCCUGUGAUUUUAGACAUGGAAUUAGUACAAUGUGUUGAACUAAUUUUGAACCAGCGAAAGGAUGCAAAUGUUCCUGAAAAAAAUCCGUAUGUGUUUGGCAUACCUAGUAGUACCAAACGCCAUUUCAAAUAUUUAAGAGCGUGUAUCCUUAUGCGAUAUUUUUCUAAAAAAUGUGAUGCACAAAUACCACAUUCUUUAAGAGGUACUGAAUUACGUAAACAUAUUGCUACAACAUGCAUUACGUUAAAUUUAUCUGACAAUGAAGUGGAUGAUUUGGCGAACUUUAUGGGACAUCACGAGAAAAUUCAUAAACGCCAUUAUCGACAGUCAAUAGCAGCUGUAGAGAUAGUUCGUAUAACGAAAUUUCUUGAAGCAGCAUUAGGUGAAAAUGAGCAACAGCAAUCUAAUAAUAGUGAUUCAGAAGAGGAAGAGAUGCAAGAAACAAACAAAGAUACUUCGAGUGCAGAAUCGGAAAACGAUGCCGAAACAUGUAUGAUAAGUUCACCAUCUCCAUUUGGUAUAACAAAACGAAGACGUUGGACGGAAGAAGAACGUAAUACAAUAUUGAAAGAAUUUCAAAAAGAAAUUACCACUUCACAGCUGCCAUCUAACAAAAAAAUUUCCUGUAUAAAAGAAAAAAAUAAGUGCUUAUUUAAUCGAUCCGUUGCUCAAAUUAAAACGUGGAUCCAUAACUAUAUAUCUGGCAAAUUUAAGCGUCACUAAAUGAAUAAAUAUUUUUUCAGAAAAUAUUUAUUUAGUCAAA